UGAGGUGGGAGACGUCUGCUUAAGCGUCCAUCCAGUCCCUCCUUCCCUGCCUUCGGAGAGAUUCUCCUCCCUCGCCCAAUGACUGGAACCCAGAAUGCCAGGGCUACCUCGCUCCUUCGCCAACCCCUCCGCUUGAGGAGGACUUUCCAGCCAUGGGCCGCUCUCCAGUACCGUACCUUUUCUUUCCUCCUCCUUGGGUCUCCGCCUCCUCCUUGCCUUCCAGCAGGCCCCCUUUCCAUCCCAGCCAAGCAGAAGAGCGGAAAGCAGCCGAGGCAUCUCUCCGUCUGUCUCUCUGUCUCUCUCCGCCCGCCCGCCCCCUUCCUUCCAGCUACGUUGGCAGCUUUUCUUCUGCCUUUCAUUCCCGCGAAUCCCGCUUCCGGGCGUCCCUUCUUUGCCUCGGCCAUGCUCUCCUUCGCUCUCCUCCUCCUCCUCUUCGCUGGAAGCUGCGGCUGCUUCUCUUCAGGGUCGAGCCACGUAGCCCCUUUCGACUCGCUCUACGCUGACGGCGUGCGGGCGUACUUCGCCCAGGACUGGCCUCGGGCCUCCGAGCUGCUCCAGCGCUCUCUCCACAGCUAUUCGCAGCUGCAGGAGGCGCGCCGAAAGUGCCGAAGCGGAUGCCAGAAGGAAACCUGUUUUGAGAGCCCGUCGCCUUUGCAGCCGUGGGAGACCAGUUUCUUUGACCGGGUGCUGCAGCGAGCAGAAUGCCUGGAGGAAUGUCUGGGACUGAAGCUGGGCGGGCAGCCGUCCCGCUACCGAACCAGCCGCGUCAUACAACGGGAGUUUGAAGAGAGGGAGCCCUACAAUUACUUACAAAUUGCCUACUUCAAGUUAAAAAAACUGGAUGAAGCUGUCUCUUCGGCUCAUACAUUCUUUGUAGCCAAUCCACGGCAUCUACAAAUGCGUGAGGAUAUGGAGAAAUACCAGCGUAUGGCAGGGGUAAAAUCUGAAAGCUUUCGGGAUCUGGAGGCUCAACCACAUUGGGUAGCUUAUGAAGCUGGGAUGCAGCAUUAUGGUAUGGACAACUACCAGCAGGCAGCAGCAAAACUAGAAGAAUCGCUCAGAGAGGCACUGCUGGCACUGGAGAAUUGCAGAGCUCUUUGUGAAGGGCCUCGCGAAGAUGAGGACAAGGAUGAGACACAACUAGGCCUCUAUGAAAGCAUUGCGGCUCAUUAUGUCCAGGUCUUGAAAUGCAGGCAGCAGUGUGUCCUUGAUAUUGCCACCAAGCCAGGCAGGGUGUCUUCCACGGAAGAUUUCAUCCCAUCUCAUUUUGAUUUAUUGCAGUUUGCCUAUGACAGAGUUGGAAAUCGGACUGUUGCUGCUGAAUGUGCAGCUACCUUCCUGCUGUUCUAUCCAUCAGAUGAAAAAAUGCUGGAGAGGUUGAAAGAAUACCAAGCAGACCUGGGAAAAGAAAUAGCUAUUCCAGCCAGAGAGAAUAUCCGCCGUUAUGUGCAGAGAUCCUGUAUGGAAAAGAAACUGAUCUAUUAUGCAGUACAGCACCUUGAUGAAACUUUUAAGGAUCCAGAUUUAUGGACUCCUGAGGAACUGAUCCCUGAAAGCAUGAAGGAGAAACACAGAGAAGAUCGGGAGAAACGAAGUUUGAAGGCCUCACAUAUUCAACAAUGGGAUCAAAAUGAACAGCUACCUUUUGAGGACCUCACCAUCACCAUGGAUUCUCACCAACUCAAUGGUACUGAGAGGGUGGUCUUUGACAGAGUCCUGACUGAGUCAGAAUGCAAAGACAUCCUCCGUCUCUCCAAGGCAGCUGGAGGAACAGGAGAUGGCUAUCGUGGCAGACGCUCCCCUCAUACUCCACACGAGCGAUUUGAAGGCUUAACAGUGACAAAAGCUUUGCAGCUGGCUGAGGAGAGUAGUAUGAACUGGAAAGAUACUAAACUUCUCCUGCAAGCCAGUGAGAAAUCCCGGAAAAUUGUGGAAUCCUAUUUUACUCCUGGGAAAAAUCUUUAUUUUUCUUUCACACAUCUUGUGUGUCGCACAGCCACAGAUGGAGAACAGGAAGGCCGUAUGGAUCUCAGCCACCCAGUCCAUGCUGAUAAUUGCCUCUUGGAUCCGGAAGGAAAUACUUGCUGGAAAGAACCCCCUGCCUACAUACACCGAGACUAUAGUGCAAUCCUUUACCUGAAUGAAGACUUCCAAGGGGGAAAUCUCUUCUUCACUGAGAUGGAUGCUGUAACCCUUACAGCUCAAGUGCGCCCUAAAUGCGGGAGACUGGUGGCCUUCAGCUCUGGUGCAGAGAAUCCUCAUGGCGUGUGGGCUGUGACCCGUGGGAGGCGCUGUGCUAUCGCCCUCUGGUAUACCCUUUCUCCAGAGCAUGAGGAACAGGAACGGAGUCAAGCAGAAAAGCUGAUGAGACAGAAAGAGGCAGAACAGGAAGAGUCACAUAAAGAAGACCCAAAGGACAACAGUUUUGUACCUAAAAGUGGGGAUUCACCAGAGCCUCCUGCUCCAAAGGGAAGAGCUAGAUCCACAAGCCGAAAUAUUAAAUUGGACUCUAACUCUGGAGUGAAGUCCAGGAGGCUGAGAGUCAGAGAUGAAUUCUGAUCACAUUCAACGCAACCUGGUCUUUAGCAGCUGCUCUUAAGUGACUGGUACAAGUAGGCAGCCUGAGAAAUUUUGCAACUCCUGAGGUAAAAAGUUGUUUCUUUAUGACACUCAAAGUAUGGAUCAGAGAGUGAUGCUCCUGGACUCCAUCUACUACUUAAACCAGAAUAUCGUUGUCUACCAGUAAAGAUGCCAAGCUUGUAAACGAAUGUAACGCUAUGCCUAAAACAGACUGAGACAAGAAUCUUCAGAUCAGCCAUAUUCAGAUCAGGCCACUAGUUCCUCUCAUUCAGAAGCCUUCACCAACAAUAUAGACACCAUUAAUACAGAUCUACCUACAUUACAGGGCUCUUCUGAGGGGAACAGGGAUAACAUAAAAUGUGCUUGGAUUACUUUUAAAGUGCUGUAUUAAUUUUGAAUGUCGUCCGUCCAGUUUUCCUCUACCUCCAUAUUUGAAGGAAUCAAAAGUGGGAAAAUAAUAAUAAUCAUUUGUGUGAGCUUUGGGAUCAGAUGCAUGAAAGUAGACAAGCCAUACCAGACAAAGGGAAAUGUAUAGUGAAAAAACCCAGGAUGAUCAGAAUUCUUGUCCAAAACAAAAGGACAGAAAAACAGGUGAAAUGUUAAGAAGCAGAAUUACUAUGAGUUCUUUCUUCAAGCAAUGUAUUCCAAAACAGAUUGGUAGUCAGGUUCUAGAUCGUCUAAUAAUGUGCUUUUGAAAAUCUUUUUUAAGAAGGUAGCAUUCAGCACCUAAUACUAUAUUCUUAUUUUUUUUCUGCAAUUGCUUGGGUUAGUAGAAAGUAACAGAAACACAGACUCCGAAAAUUUGCAUGUACAGUAUUUGCAUUCUUCAGUUUUUAUUUUGGAAGUAGAGUUUUCUUUUCAAAGAAUGUUUUUUUAAAGUCAAAAAGCAAAUAGAAUGCAAAUAAAAUUGAGGUCAAAGUAAAUAUUUUUAAAAGAACAGUGUAACUCUGGAAAAUAGUAAUCUGGAUCAGAGGUACAGCAAACUGGAGAUGAUACUUUAUCUUUUUUCUUCACAUUUUCCAUUGAAACUAAUUAACUUCUGUGAUUAAAAAAACAUGUGGCUGGCAACACAGCAGAGAGUGAGGAAUCACAAAGAUUGGUGGUGGAGGUGAGAGGAAGGUUGAGAAGAAGAGAGUUAAGGACCUCACAGCACUCCUGUCACUUUUCUAUUAUAAUAUUCCCUAGCCUGCCAUUUCAGGCGAUUGGUGAACCAGUUCCCAGAUCCAGGCUUGUUCUGAACAGCUGAUCUCACUAAGUUUUAAAAGUAAAAGAUCCGUAGGAAUAAAAAUGAAGGGCAGAAAGUGGUGGGUGGGGGAAGCAAACCUAUUAUUUGUUAAUUUAUUUGCCAUCUCACCAUGGGGUAUUAAUAACCAUGUAAUAGAAACACUGAACAACGAUACCUGUGAGGUAGGGACACCAGAUCAGCAAAGCUGUUUUAGAAAAAAGAUC